GUACGCCCUCUACAGUCCCGACCAUCGUUCCUGCGGUACCGGCACCGUGGUAGUACGUGCACGUCGUGGCGCCAGUUUGCUUGGAGACGACGUAUCAUACGUUGCACAAGCUCUAAUUGGCAUUGCCUUCGUCCAACUUUUUCCCCCAACACUCACUCUCGAAGCCUAGGACCCUCGCUUAUUUGAUGACGUGCAACAUUGUUGGAAGGAUGCUGGGCCAGUUUUCCCUCCUCGUUUCCAUCGCAGGCGGUACCACGCACCUGGGCCCCGAUAUUUUCACGCGGCAGCGAAUCCACGACUGCGGAGCUUCCAUGAUGCGCCGCGCGGGUGCUGAGAUGGACUGGGGCGCAAAAUUUGACGAGUGGCCCGCGAUCGCGCGGGAAAUUGACGUGGACGCCACCGCGGCCAGCCGAGACGCCGGCAACGGGUCCGUCUACUACGCAGUCGCACUCAUGGUGGACCAGCAGAGUCGGGUCGAACACACGCGCGAGCUGCUGGCGCGUCACCCGCGGUGGCACGUGUUCAACUCGACGAGCAAGUACAGCGUCGACGUGCUUUACCGCCACUAUGUCGGCAUGGGCCUGCGGCUGCGCGAAUUCAAGCUCGAACCGCUCCUGGGCAAGGUCGCGUGGCGCGGGCCGGCGCCGAAGAAACGGAGGAAGAAUCGAUCGUUGCCGGUGGAUCGGUUUCCGGGACUCCGCCCUUCCGCCGCAGGUGGUGGACUUGCAUACGAUUCUGCAUGCUCGUCCUGGGGUCCGGCCACGCGUACGGCGUCAUGCUGAACGACGACGUCACUGUCGCUGAUGAUUUCGAAAGGACGCUGGAGGCGCACCUGCUCCGAUUUUCCGGGCCCAUGAAGUUCGCAACCUACCGUCUGGGGCAGUUCGAUCUGGGACUGGUGGUCUCGCGCGAGUCGGCGGCGCGCCAGCUGGGCAUCAUCUGCGAACUAGAGACACUCGACCACUUCCACGACCAUUUCACGAGUCGCACACAUCGGUGGCUUCCGCACGUCGUGGGCAACUGCCCGAUCACGUACGCCGGUAGGCCCCUAGAAGGCCUGGCGCGCCCGCAUGGUGCGCUCCACGCCAAAAGCAACAUUCUCGGCGUGGCGAACGAGGCCUCAGACGCGGAGUUUCUCGCCCGCAUCCGCAAUCGGCCUCGCGAUCGUCCGGGUUUCUGCGGGUCGGCGUAUCCUGGCCGUAUUUUCAAUCGAUCGCACCUUGGUGCCUGGAUUCACGCCGAUCCCGCCCUACGCCCCGCAAACGCGCCGCUUGGCGGUCCGCAAGGGACCGUAGCGCGGCCAGCCGCGCCUGAUCUCCGAGCCGCGACGACUCACGCCCUCCUCGCGGAGCUCGCGAAUCGAGUCGAGGGCCCGGGUGGGGGAACAGGGUAGUACUCUGCGGAGUACGCAUUAUUCUGUAACCACCUGUUGGCAAUUCC